CUGUUAGUGGUCAAGAGGAGCGAAAGAAUAUUCCCGUAAUUUAUUGCCGACGCCAACCCUAACCUUCCCUUCUCCUCCUCUUCGACCACGAUUUCGCCCGUUCUCGGCUUUCGCUGCCGGAAACUUUGAUCAAAGAGGGAACAUGCAUUCGACACACCUCCUCCUCGAGGAGCCCAUCAGGAUGGCCACCAUCCUGGAGCCCUCCAAGCCGAGUUUCUUCCCCGCCAUGACUAAGAUCGUCGGGACGCUCGGCCCCAAAUCGCGGUCAGUGGAGGCGAUAUCCGCCUGCCUCAAGGCAGGCAUGUCGGUGGCUCGCUUCGACUUCUCCUGGGGGGACGUUGAUUAUCACCAGGAGACACUUGAAAACCUGAAGGCGGCUAUCAAGGGCACUAAGAAGCUGUGCGCCGUCAUGCUAGAUACUGUAGGUCCCGAGUUGCAAGUCAUGAAUAAAAGUGAGAAGGCCAUCUCACUUGAGGCAGAUGCUUCUGUUGUUUUGACACCAGACCAAGAAAAGGAAGCAUCAUCUGAGCUAUUACCUAUAAAUUUUAGUGGAUUGUCAAAGGCAGUGAAACCAGGAGACACAAUAUUUAUUGGCCAAUACUUGUUCACUGGAAGUGAGACUACAUCUGUUUGGCUGGAGGUGUCUGAGCUGAAAGGUGAUGAUGUAGUCUGUACAAUUAAGAACACAGCUACUCUGGCCGGAUCACUCUUCACUUUGCACGUGUGCCAAGUCCAUAUUGAUUUACCUACACUCACUGAAGCGGAUAAAAACGCAAUAACUACAUGGGGUGUCCGCAAUAAAGUUGAUUUCCUUUCAUUAUCUUACACAAGGCAUGCUGAAGAUGUUCGGGAAGCCCGAGAAUUUUUAUCGAAGUUAGGUGAUCUGAACCAAACUCAAAUAUUUGCAAAAAUUGAGAGUGUGGAGGGUCUAACCCAUUUUGAUGAGAUUCUACAAGAAGCGGAUGGUAUAAUUCUUUCACGUGGGAAUCUUGGAAUAGAUCUCCCGCCUGAGAAGGUGUUUUUAUUCCAAAAGGCUGCUGUCUAUAAGUGCAACAUGGCUGGAAAGCCAGCAGUUGUCACACGUGUGGUUGAUAGCAUGACUGACAACUUGAGACCUACACGUGCAGAAGCAACUGAUGUGGCCAAUGCUAUACUUGAUGGUAGUGAUGCAAUUCUGUUGGGUGCUGAAACGCUCAGGGGAUUAUACCCUGUUGAAACCAUUUCAACUGUGGGUAGAAUUUGCUAUGAGGCCGAGAAAGUUUUCAACCAGGAUUUAUACUUUAAGAAGACUGUUAAGUAUGUUGGAGAACCAAUGACUCACCUGGAAUCCAUUGCAUCAUCUGCAGUACGUGCUGCUAUUAAAGUAAAGGCAUCUAUUAUAAUUUGUUUUACCUCGUCUGGUAGAGCUGCAAGGUUGAUAGCCAAGUAUCGGCCCACCAUGCCUGUCCUAUCUGUGGUCAUUCCCCGGCUUAAGACAAACCAACUUCGAUGGAGCUUCACUGGUGCUUUUGAAGCUAGACAAUCACUUAUUGUUAGAGGUCUUUUCCCAAUGCUGGCCGAUCCUCGCCAUCCUGCUGAGUCUACUAAUGCCUCGAAUGAAUCAGUUCUGAAGGUUGCUCUUGAUCAUGGGAAAGCCUCCGGUCUGAUCAAGUCUCAUGAUCGUGUCGUCGUCUGCCAAAAGGUCGGGGAUGCGUCAGUGGUGAAGAUCAUCGAACUAGAGGAUUGAAGAAUUGUUUUCUCAAUCUAUAAUAUUUUGUGAUUUGUUCACUUAGAAAAUCAUCAAAUAAGCUGUUAUCCAGCCAAAUUAUUCCAUCUAACUUGGUAAGAUAUUGAGUUUUGUUUGUUGAUUUUUCAAAACCAAAUUUCAUACACUAAUGUUAUGCAAUUGAGAAAUUGCAAGACCCUAUAUUUUGUAUUUGCUGCCAUUGGCUAUUCAUAUAGAAAAUGCUGAAUAUCUUUCCUUGA